UCAAAAGAAUGUCAUUAUUCUUAAGCUCAUUGUACUACAGAAUGUUCUUUUUCCAUAAUAUGUCACCAUGGACAUCUGACAUCGCCCUCCAGUUGGUGGCAUUGUGUUUAUGGAUAUUCUCCUUUAUCGUGACUUCGGCCUACAAGUCGUCCUUGAUGGCACACCUGACGAUCCCAGUCUUUCCUCCACCAAUCAACAGCUUCCAGGACUUGCUCGACUCCGACGGAGUCACAUGGGGCAGCGAUGUGCUCGAAGGGACAGACUUCAUGUACUUCAACUGCAGUCUGGAUCCUGUGGUCAGGGAAUUUCGAUCCAGGUCAGAGAUCGACACAUUGGACAACCAUAUGGACAAGGUCAUGAAAGGUCGCCAUGCAUACCUCGAGUCCCAAAUUUACAUGAGAGACAUCAUCGCUUCCCAGUACACGAGCAGCCUUGGCUAUACCCCUAUCCAUUUCAGUGAGACGCAGUAUCCCACCAGCGCUGGCUACGUUUGGGGGUUCAGGAGAGGCGCCAUAUUCACGGAAGCCCUGACGAGGAUGAGGACUCGACUUAACGAAGUGGGUCUUUUUGACUAUUGGACGAAUGACGUCAUCAACACCAAAGCCUGGAAGACCAGGAGAGACAUCAAGGAAAAGGGAGGUCAGCUGAAGCUCGACGCUGCUGACUUUGGUGGAGAGGUGUGUCUCUCUUUGCUAUAAAAAUGAUAAUAAAAAUGCUGGAUACAAAAGACCCUUAAAAGGCAGAUUAUAGGAGGAUCCUUUUAUCCUGCACAUA